UGGGAAGGGAGUGAUCGUGAUUAUGAAUAUGAGGAGCUUCUCGGUAGGCUCUUUAAUGUUCUCCGAGAAAAUAAUCCUGAACUUGCUGGAGAUAGGCGUAGAACUGUUAUGAGACCUCCCCAAGUUCUUCGCGAGGGAACAAAAACUGUGUUUGUGAAUUUCAUGGAUCUCUGCAAGAUCAUGCAUCGGCAGCCAGACCAUGUCAUGGCAUUCUUGCUCGUGGAACUGGGUACAAGUGGAUCACUUGACGGACAACAAAGAUUGGUUAUGAAGGGUAGAUUUGCUCCCAAAAAUUUUGAACUGAUACUGCGUCGUUAUGUCAGUAAGUAUCUUGUAUGUUUUGGGUGCAAAAGUCCCGACACGGUACUUUCGAAGGAGAAUCGUCUCUUCUUUCUCAGAUGUGAGAAGUGUGGCUCCGGACCGUCAGUUGCUCCAAUCAAAGCUGGUUUUGUUGCCCGUGUUGGCCGGAGGAAUGCUGGGACCUGAGCUCCCUCCUAUUCCGGUUCUGAGUUGAGGUUAAUAACUAU